ACAAAAUUAUAUGAUUUGUAUAUGUGUCACAUUAUCUCGUCGUGUACAUCUUAUAUUAUUACGUUGCGUAAUGGAAAUCCGCGUUAAUCUGAACUAUUGACGGAAAUUGUCUAUACAUGCAGGUGGAGUUAACGGGAAAAAACAUAUUUGAAUAUAUUCACCCGGAUGACCGCAACGAAAUGGUUUCCAUAAUGAAUCUUCCGCAGAGCCCUGCAGGUCUCGCAGAUUUUACAUUUUCACCGCCAAAUUCGCGAGGAGAAAUUGAUCUGGAACGUGCCUUCCUCCUCAGGAUGAAGUGCAUUCUAGGAAAAAGAAGAGCGGGUCUGGUUACGAAAGGAUACAAGACUAUACAUUGUUCCGGUUAUUUAAAAUUGAAAUACACGGACCUAGUCACCAAAACGUUAAUUUGUAAACAAAUCAUCGUUAAUUUGUUGACAGUGUUGCUCAAGGGUCAAGUGACAACGAGGUACUACAGAUUUCUAACAAAAACUGGCGGUUGGGUGUGGAUGCAGUCAUAUAUGAUUGUGCAUAAUUCACGGAUGCUUUCACGUCCGCACCGUGUCUGCAUCGUGUCUGUCAAUUAUGUGCUGACAGACACUGAGAACCCAGGAUUGAUUUUAAGUUACGAGCAAAAAUCGUCUUGCUCGAGUCUGGAAAGGGAGAACUUCGUGUACCUACAAUCUCGACUGCCUGCGGAUCCUGUUAAUAUGUCGUACCAACAAGAGAUGCAUCGUCAACAGCUUCUGCAUCAUGCCGCAUCUUUGACUAUUCAGCAGUACAACCCGCAGGAACAGCAACACAUUCAACAUUUAUUGCAUCAAGAUGAUACUUCUUUCGAACAGCAACAACAGUAUAAUCCACAGAGCGGCCAGCAGAUGCAAUCAUAUUCGAUGUCUUCGAAUUUCUGCGGUAGCAAUGACGGCCUAGACGUGCCCUUGACGAAUCCCUUGUCCAAUCCAUUGGGAUACUAUUCGUCGCAUGAUUAUCAUAUAUCGCCGGAUUUAAUGUCGUUGACGACAUCAAACGAGACUAGCGGCGUCACCAUGUAUCCAAAUUGCGGCUUCAACAAUAACGAGAGCUACAAUGCCGCAGCGCUGCAGCAUCACGAUGGCUACCAACAGGACCAUCCUCAAGAUCACCACAAUAACGGCAAUUGUACGGUGAAGCACCCACAUCAUCAUCAUGUGGAGGCUUCGUCGACCGGUUAUACCAAUGUUAUCGUCGAUCCCCUACAGUACAGUAACACUGUUUCUCAAAGUCUGCAUAGGCGUACCGCGCUGGUAAACGGUGGCAUGCCGCCACUGCAACAUCAACCUCAUUAUGAAAUACACCAAUUUGUUGUUCACUAACAUCAAUUUGAAGUGCGUUGCUCGUAGAACUGCAAUGACGACGCGUGCGAGCAUUAUCAUCAUCAUCAUCAUCAUCAUCAUCAUCAUCAUCAUCAUCAUCAUUAUCAUCGUCAUGAUCAUCAUUAUGAAUAGCAGCAACAGCAACAGCGAGAGCAACUCGGAAUAUGGUAGAAAGCAGUAUGCUGACUGUCAGAUGAAUAAUGAAUUCUGAUUGGGCCAUCUGAUUGGGUCACCUUGCGUUUUACCUUAUGUUAAGUUACGCCCUGCAAACGACUUUGGAAGAUGGAGGAAUGAAGCGAGGUAAUGUUCAUGUUCAUGUUCAUUCUUGUUGUUAAAAGAUCAGUAUUAUAAUAAUUAUUAUUAUUUGUUGCAGGUAAUUAAAUGUUACUAUAAAGUUCUCUUUCUUGAUUAUCAAGUUUCUUUCGAUGUAUAUAUCAAGUUUAAAUUUAUCUACGUAUUUUCUGCAUGCAAAUGCUUUAAGUAAACAUCAUUUUUACACGAAUUCGAUAAAAAUAUGAUAUAAGAGAAAUAGGAUACUUAAAGGUAUUUCUGUGAUGAAUGUUUCCCAAAGUUACACAUCCUAUCAAGGGAAAAUUAAUGCGGAUGAUAUGUGUUUAAAAAAGGUAAUGAUUUUAUGUUACGCAUAAUAUUACGAGUAAGUAGAGAAGCCCUUUGUACAUAUUUUGUAUUAUAUAUUUCAAGAUGAGAUAAUAAUUUAUUAUAAUUUUUAGUAUUUUUCUAUAAAAGCAUCAGAAGUGGAU